AUGGGCUAUUACGAGACUAGCUUCUACGGUUUACUUACCCUCUGUGCAGGUUUGCUUGCCUCUCAGCCCACCCGACGGAAUGAGUUGAAUAAGCGUGCCGAAUCGCGAAAGCAGUUAUCGCGAUAUGAUGUACAUCCUGAAUCAAACUGGUACAAGGCCUACGCUCUCGUUAUGGGCGCUGACUGGCUUCAAGGACCGUAUUUGUAUUCCCUGUACCGCGAUGAGCAUGGCGUGUCUGAACGCUUAGUAUCUACUCUCUUCGCUACAGGUUUCUUAUCUAGCGCCAUCAGUGCAUACUUCAUUGGGGCUUUAGCAGACAGACACGGCCGUAAGGCAGUCUGUAUGAUCUUCUGCCUCCUUUACGCCAUGUCGUGCUUUUUUACCGUCAUUCCGUCCAUAGGAUUCCUUUUUCUAGGACGUAUCCUCGGUGGCAUCAGCACAAGCAUCCUCUUCAGCGUCUUCGAUAGCUGGAUGGUAACUAACUUCCGGGAACGUAAACUGGUCGAAAAUGGAUGCGACCUGUCUAGGACUUAUGCUACCACUAGUAUCGUCAACAGCCUUUCGGCAAUUGUGAGCGGAGUUGUCAGUGAAUGGCUUGUGAGGGUGACUGGUACCAGAAAGGCACCAUUUCUACUCAGUUCUGUUUUACUUUGGCUGGCCCUCCAGCUCAUCUGGGCUCAUUGGGUCGAAAACUUUGGUUCAAAAGCUUCCAAGUCUUCAGACGAACCCAAGACGUCCAAGCUCUGGUCUACAUUGAAACAGCCGUCAAUCUUAGCUCUCGGCUUUGCUUCGACUAUGUUCGAGGGAUCUAUGUACCUUUUUGUGUUCUUCUGGACACCGACUAUCAAGUCCGUACAGAAAUCUACAGGGGAGCUUCCUUAUGGCUACAUCUUUUCCAGCUUCAUGGCGUCAUCAAUGGCAGCAGCAUUAAUAUUCAACAUUGUCAUGCAGAAACGGCCCUUUAAAUAUUCCCGCCUUCUUAUCGGAAUCCUCCUGGCGGCCAAUUUCUGCUUUGUUAAAUUAGCCGGUCCCAAGACCGAGGAUGCUACUUUCUGGCUCUUCUGCCUUUUCGAAGCUUGCGUUGGUAUGUAUUGGCCCUGUACCGGCUAUUUGAAAGGACGUCUAGUGGACGACGAUGUUCGUGCCGAGGUUUACAGUAUCCUACGAAUACCGUUGAAUAUCUUCGUCGUCGUGGCACUAUCCGUUGCUGGUGACAGCCAGCAUUUCGGUAAAGUGUUUUCAACAUGCUCGAUGUUGCUAACGGCAUCCUUUGGGGCAAUUUGGGCAGCAAGCCUAAAAGAGGACAUACCUUAA